AUGCCGGCUACCCGCUCUAAAGCUGCGUCCAACAACAGGGCCAUGGCCCAGCUCUCUGACACGAAGCUUGCCAAGUCGGAUCCUGGGACUGUCCAGGCUUUCGACAUCUCCGAGGACAUUGCCGACGACCCUCUGCUGGGACGAGGAGCUAAGAUCAUACAGGACGCUACUUUGUCUGCACUGACUCAAGUGCGGAACGAUACAUGCGCCUUGGCGGCACAGCUAACUCAACGCAUCAAUGAGGGCAACGUGAGCGCUCGCAGCUUACAGUGUUUCGUACGACGAGAAAGCGACACACGAAGUCUCGGUUUUUGUACCUAG